UGCUGCGUCUUAACGUGGAUGAGAAGCGUGAGAGGAGAGAGUCUGUAGACUGAUUACAACAUGAACUAAAACUCAUGGCUUAAACUCUGAACGCUAGAGUCAGCAAGGGAUAUCCCGAAGGAAACCAUGCACACUAGAUAUGGAGCUCUUUGGGAUACUAUGGAAUUCUCUCGGGUUUGGCUUAUUCUCAUAAUCGAAACCCUGGUGUUGGUAUGCGGUCAAAAGGGCAGUGGGUGUGGAUACACAGUCCUCAGUCCCACCAGUGGCACACUGACCUCUCUGAACUUCCCAGGAACCUACCCAAACCACACCCAGUGUGAGUGGGCCCUAAGGGUACCGAAGGGCCAGACGCUGCUCUUGACCUUUGGGGACUUUGACUUGGAGAGAAGCCAUGACUGCAUAUCUAGCUCUCUUACUAUCACAGACACCAGUGGAGCCACUAGAGUGGGUCCUCUGUGUGGGCAGCUGUCCACCACAAACAGGAAUAUAUCUGUGAGUACUAAUGAAGUCACGGUGCGUUUCAUCUCCGGCACUCACCGUUCAGGACGGGGCUUCGUCAUGUCCUAUUCAACCAAUCAGCACUCAGAGCUCAUUUCAUGUCUGCAUCGAGGGACACAUUUCUCCUCUCAACUGAUUAGUGCAUUCUGUCCUGCAGGCUGCAAAGGUGUCACAGGAGAAAUCUGGGGCUGGCAUGAACAAGGAUAUCGGGAUACCUCUGUAUUAUGCAAAGCUGCGAUCCAUGCGGGCGUAAUUUCAGACAGUUUGGGAGGCAUGAUCAACGUCUCUUUGCAGAGGGGCAUUACCUUGUAUGAGUCAAGCUUCGCUAAUGGAGUACUGUCAAAAACUGGCUCCUUGUCAGAUAAACGUCUUGUCUUCCACAGAGAGUGUGACAGGGAGCUGACGGCGGUGGCCUAUAACACUUCUUCAGUGUGGGAGGAGGUGAACAGAUUAGGUCAGAGGGUCUCCUGGUCUCCGGGACGUGAGGGAUCUCAGUGGGCUGCGAGCUCUGGGGAUCAGCAACCGUGGAUGGAGAUUGAGCUGUGGAACAGGAGUAGUGUCACAGGCAUUAUAACAAAGGGUACGCCACAUUACUACAUUGAAUCUUACACCCUCAUGUUCAGCAAAGACCGCAAGAACUGGAAAGUAUACAAAGCAACAUCGAGCAAAGACAAGAAGUUGUUUGAGGCCCAUUCUGAUGGUCAUGUGACAGUACUCAACAGUCUGAUUCCUCCAGUAGUUGCACGCUACCUCCUCGUGAAACCCCAGACGUGGCAUAUCAGGGCCUCUGCACAGGUUCAAGUGCUGGGCUGCCCUUCUACCCCCCUCAGACCCCGUUCCCACGGAGAUGAAUUGAAUUUUGGGAAAGCAGCUGUCACAGAGACUGUGCCUCUAGACACGCUGCCCACUGAGAGUCCCAUCAUCACAAGAAGCUCAGGCCCCAGUCAAGCAGUGAUAUUAGUGGCAGGCAUGGUUUUAGGAGCCGCUCUAUGUUUCGGUUGCCUUCUAGCUGGGCUUAUUUGGUGGAGAAGAAAAAGAAAUGCACAAAUAAAGAAAUACUGCGUUGACCAAGGCUGUCAGGGUUUCCACGGGAAGAAGCUUCCAUGCACAAACCCAGAGCUUGUAUCUUACCCUCUGGUUCGGAACAUCCACGAUGCUCUUCCCAACCCUCCUCUCAAUGAUUAUGCUGAGCCUGAUGUAGUAGCAGGUGGGCAGAUGAUGGGACUCACAUUCCGACCCCCAACAGAAGAGGGCUACACCAUCCCCUUCUCCCUCAACCACUACGACACCCCUGGACAGCUUCCCGAAUACGCCGACCCCCUGCCACCCGAACCAGAAUAUGCAACACCUUUCAGUGAAAUGUCCACAGACUCAACACUGGACAGCCGACAGAAUCUACCUGUGUGUCGAUCCACACAGGCUGCAAGAGCAGAGCUGAGCCAACAACAAUAUGACUGCCCUGCACACAGAGUGAUCUCAAACGGGUACUGUACUCCAGUCUCACAUGGUACCAGCCAACAUAAGGCUAGUGUGAUCUACUUUGAGCCCCAGACAGUAGAACCACUAUUGCAUACCUACCAUGAACCACUUUGAGCCAACAUGGCAUCUCCUACUGAAGCCAAUUUGUGACAUUUGUGCUGUUAUACUGCCGUUUAUAAUGUAACCUAAUGAUUUAUGCUGUGUUAGACAGCAUCAGGAAUCAGCAUGUAAGAAGUGCUUUUAUAAGGAAAGCUGUACUGUUCAGAUGACCACUGAACCUAUAUGUGCAUAUUUUUAUUUAAUAUAAAUGUGGGUGUAUUGUAUAUCUGUAACUAAUCAGAAUAUACUCCAAGAGGAUUUGUGUUUGUGUGAUUUGAAACCACUAAAGUAUUCAAAGACAUUUUACAUUUUUUAUAGUUAUAUAUAUAAUAAAUUUGACAUUUUUCAUAC